GAUGCGCACGGCGCAAACUUCCUCCUCCUAGUCCAGUGCGCUGCGCUCCUCCGCCCUGUCCGCACCUUCAGCCGAGCACCAGAAGGGGCUUCGAGAUAGGAACGACGUUUCACGUAGGGAUGGAAGCUACAUGAGAAGACACACGGAAUAUUCUUCUACGCGUCCGUCCGUCCAUCCACCCGACCCCUCCUUCACCUCACGGGAUCGCAGAGCUCCAGCUACACCAGAGACCCGAGUGACUGACUGAAGCGCGAAGAACACCAUGGGCUGUGUGGGCUCAAAGAAGGAGCAGGAGCCUCUCAGCAAAGGGACGGGGAGCGACGAUUCCCAGAACCGACAGACCGCCCACUAUGUCAAAGACCCCACAAUGGGAAACUCAGGGGGCAAAGCUGCCAAAACACCUUCCAAUGCAAACGGUUCUGACGGCAUGGGGGAGAGCGUGGCCAUGGCUCUGUACGACUACGAGGCCAUCCACGAGGGAGACCUCGGCUUCAAGAAGGGAGACAAGCUCCGGAUCUUGGAGGAGUCGGGCGAGUGGUGGAGAGCUAUGUUGAUCAGCACGGGCCAGGAAGGCUACAUCCCCAGCAACUACGUGGCCAAAGACACUCUGGAGGCAGAGGAUUGGUUCUUCAAGGGCGUGAGCAGGAAAGAUGCGGAGAGGCAGCUGCUGGCCCCCGGGAACAAGACGGGAUCCUUCAUGAUCAGGGACAGCGAGACCACCAAGGGCAGCUACUCUCUGUCCGUCAGGGACCACGACGGCCACUCCGGUGACACGGUCAAACAUUAUAAGAUUCGCACACUGGACAACGGAGGAUUCUACAUCUCCCCCCGCAUCACCUUCGGCACCCUGCAGGAGCUGGUCGCCCAUUACAAGAAGCAGGGAGAUGGCCUCUGCCAGCACCUGACCACCCCAUGUCUGAGCCCCAAGCCCGAGAAGCCGUGGGAGAAGGACGCCUGGGAGAUCCCAAGAUCCUCGCUCAAACUGGAAAGGAGGCUCGGUGCCGGCCAGUUUGGAGAAGUCUGGAUGGCUACGUACAACAAGCACACCAAGGUGGCGGUGAAGACCAUGAAGCCCGGCAGCAUGUCAGUGGAGGCCUUCAUGAUGGAGGCCAACCUCAUGAAGACUCUACAGCACGACAAACUGGUGCGACUCAACGCCGUCGUCAGCAAGGAGGAGCCCAUCUACAUCAUCACCGAGUUCAUGGAGAAAGGAAGCUUGUUAGACUUCUUAAAGAGCGACGAGGGAAACCGCAUCCAGCUCCCCAAACUCAUCGACUUCUCCGCUCAGAUCGCCGAGGGCAUGGCCUACAUUGAGCAGAGGAACUACAUCCACAGAGACCUGCGAGCCGCCAACAUCCUCGUCAACAAGGCUCUCGUGUGCAAAAUCGCCGACUUCGGCCUCGCUCGUAUCAUCGAGGACAACGAGUACACGGCCAGAGAAGGAGCCAAAUUCCCCAUCAAAUGGACGGCCCCUGAAGCCAUCAACUACGGCUCAUUCACAAUCAAAUCUGACGUCUGGUCCUUCGGCAUCUUGCUGACCGAGAUCAUUAGCUAUGGACGGACACCAUACCCAGGGAUGACCAACCCGGAGGUGAUCCGCUCCCUGGAGAAGGGCUACAGGAUGCAGCGCCUGGACAGCUGCCCCACCGAACUCUAUGAAAUCAUGCUGGAGUGCUGGAAGAACAAGCCCGAGGACCGCCCCACCUUCGACUACCUGCAGAGCGUCCUGGAGGAUUUCUACACGGCCACGGAGAGCCAGUAUCAGCAGCAGCCAUGAGUGUGCGUCGUGUAGUUCACUGCACGACACACUCUGUCCCCACACAUCCUUUUUUUUUUUUUUUUUUUUUUUUUUUUUUAUUGUCUGUCUGCCACCGUUUCUCUUUCUUAUUCACACCGACGUAACAAGGAACUGCACAGAAAAUAUCAGUGGGCGGAAAUAUUAAUGCUCUUAUUGCUGCUUCUGUCUGAAGCAGAUGUUAAAAUAACAGAACCACAGAGCAGAGAUGAAAAGAAAACCAAAAUACGAUGCAUGACACAAUUAGUAGCAUGACCAACACGGUCUUACCUCACACUUUGGUCAGGGGGCCGGCGUAAUGUAGGCUGUCUGGUUACAGUUACAGCAACGUGAACUUUGCCAGAUAUUUAUCGUCACAAAACUGACCGUGAAUCAUUGGGACGCACACCUGAAGCAGCAGCAGCAGCGGCAGCGUCCUGUGUCGGUGGACGUGAAGCUUAGUAAGUACGGUGUCUCUGUCUAAACUGCAUUAAUACGUUUUGCAGCAGAAGGGCUGGUUAUGUGUGCAGGGCAGAGAUGCUGGGACAAGGGAACAGUAGUUUAAAUAACAAUGCAAGAGGAGGAAGAAAUGGUGCGUGCAUUUUUUUUUCUUUUUUUUUUUUAGUACGUCAAGUUUGCUUUUAAAAAACAACACAGGAAGACUGGAUAUAUAUACCUUAUUUGACUUUUAUUCUGAAAUGCAUUUCAAAAAAGUGUUUAGGAACAUGGACAACAAAUUAAAAUGCUGAUUUCUUUUGUCUUUAAACUCUUUUAAUUUUCUUUCUAAAGACGUGAUUUGGAAAUAAUAAGUAAAAAGUUUAAACAAAUUCAAAAAUAAAACCUUUUAUUCCUCGAAUGAAUCAGGAAGUAAAGAAGGUUAUUAUAGACCAAAGUGUGAGGUACUUCUUCGACAUAAAUUUCUGGUUUUAUGAGUCCAAUAACGUCUAUUUUCUGCUUUAGUUCUGUUUUAUUUUUCAUUAAUUAAUGAAAUUCAUUUUUCGUUAAUUUGCCUUUUAAAUUAAAAAUCAACUCUUAUUUAUUGUUUUUUUUUCUUUCUUUUCCGUUUUCCCAAACUUUUAAUUUUUUUUUUUCUUUUUCCGUUCUCAGUCCUGCUGUAAUUUGAGUGCAGUUCCUAACAUUCAUAUAGCUUGAAGAGUGGUCUGCGUACGGCUCAUUCUAUGGUAAAAGCGUGACUGUUUUCACACAGAGAAUUAUUGUCUCAGUUCAGAAAAUUCAAGGCCUUAUUCGUAAACAUGUGAUUGUGGGUCACCAGGGUGUAGUCGCCAUGGUCCAGCUCACAUUGUGCAUCCAUUUAACACAACGCAGAUGGAGCAAAGCCGUGUUCAUGAUACUGUGACAAAGCUUCCCCCUUUCCCCACUUCCCCUCUCAUUGAACUGUGCCGCCUUUUACAUUGUUGCCUUCAUUGGCCCUUUACAUAGUGCAAGAUGUUUAUGCUUAAAUCCUCUAUUUAUAUUCCAUAGAUAUUUCCCAUGACGCUCGGACCAUUGUUGUGCCUUUUUUUGCAGUGGUUGUUUCUUUCAGGGUUAAUGUGUGUAAUAUAUUUGUUUGUAUAUAUACGCCGAUAUACACAAAGAGAUGCAAGUAUUCAGGGCCUUUAACUAAUAAUGCAUAUUGAUUCUUAUAUGUUCAGUCUUUAUUACUUAAAUUAUUGAUAAAUCAUUGAAUGCAUUUAACGAGUAGAGCUGUGAACAUCACUGGGUCUUGAGUGUUUUUUUUUUUCUAUUCUUUAUUUAGAGACAAUCUUUUUUUUCUCCAAUGCUGUUCGGAUAAUGUGUUUAUCUGGCUGAUAUAACACAAAUUAAAGAACAUAUAAAUCAUAUUAUGGAACCACUGUUGCGUUCACUAAUUUGACUCACAUGUAUUUUGUAGACCAAACAUUUUCUUUCAUCUUCCUCAUUAAUUCUGGUUUAGAGUGAAUGUGAUCAAGUGUCCUGGAGAGAGUUUUUCCUCAUAUAAAGUGGUAACGAACCGAAUCAUUGCACAGCACCUGUACAUAUACUCAUAUUAACAGAAUUAAGAAUAUUUGUGUGUUUUUCUUUAUCACCAUUAAGCCCUCGCCAUAUGUUAUGGGAUGCUUGGUUCAAUGCAACUGUCAAUAAAGUAAAAUGUUUAAAUAAAGUAAAA